AUGAAGUGGGUCGUCGAAUCGUCUCUGGCGGCUAUCACCUGGCGGAGCGGAAAAACGGCGACUUUGCGGCUCUCUGGCAGCUGUCACCCGACGGAGAGGAGCUGGAUGGAGGUGGGGUGCAUGUUAGGGAGCUUCAUCCUCAGGUCCGCGCAGCAAGAGGAGGCUCUUCAUCGCAUCUGGUACGCUCUCAGGAGGUGGCGACUGGUCUCCCGGCGGAUCGUCCUCUUCCCAACGAUGGCUUGUUUGUCGAUCAAUCGGAGAUGAUUUACUCGAUGGAUUCGCAAUCCUUUUAUCGGGAAUCGUUCAACAAUUUUAGUAGCAAUGCUCCGCGAAUCGCGUUGAUGAGAUUUUCGCCGAUGAUCCAGCGAAUCUCGUUGCUUAAUCCUUCACCAGCGAUCUGCAGGAAAGUCGCGAUAAUCAGAUAAAAAUAUAUGAAUUUUGACUUUGGGAGGAUUUGAACCCGCGCCGGUCGCCCGCCUCUUCUGGGUUUAGUCCCACAUCGGUUGUACGCCAAUUUUUAGGGCGAAUAUAGAGUAAUGUUAGCUUUGUGAGCAAAGUCCCUUCUUGCGCGUGUAAGACCACUCCUUGCUCUACAGCUAGCUGGCCACCAGUGACGUGGAAGGGGAGUGGCGUACGCGUGCCCUGUUGGUCCCCAAGCCAAGUCGCUCGAGCCCCUACUUGUAGCUUACUCCCCGACUGCGUAUCCGACCAGUUUGCGGGCCCGGCUGGCUGGCAGGUCCCCCCAUUUUUGCAAUAUUUUUAUUUUUAUUUCUUGUUCUUCAUUUAUCUCAAAAGUAAGACUGUAAAAAUCAUAUAAAAUCACAUAAUUACCCAAAAAUUCACGUUAAUCAAUUGAAAACCAAAAAUCAUUCUUUAACACAAAUAUAAGUCUAUUUAUCAGGAGUUAAGGAUAAAACUAUAUUAUUUACUAAUUAUUAACUCAUGAUAAUGAAGACUUAUCAAUGUAGAACCUCAAUGUAGUUUCACUCUAGCCGACUAAACAUUGAGACAUUCAAAGUUUAGUUUUCUACCCCUAAAUGGCAGCUUAAAUGUAUAAGGAUUUACACGAGGAUAUGAGAGUACACGUGUAGGGUUGAUAUCUGCCUUUUCGUGAGCUGGUUCAUCUGAGAUCAUUUGAUCUAAGGCUGUGAUUAAGUGAGAGUAAUUUUAUCUUUUUGGUCACAAUAAGAUGAGGCGACGAUCGAUUUCCUCUUGGGUUGAUUUGAAAUGUUGGAUUUGGAGGUCUUGUCAUAGUUGUAAGAUCUUUCUUAAUGUUGAGAUCCAUUGCACCCUUGAUAAGUAUGUUCUAUUUGUCAUUAAUUGUGACAUUUUUGAAGGCUUCUAAUUUCCUUGUGUUAGUGCUUCAACCUUUGAUUCCGUCACCUCAUCCCUAUAAAUCAAAUCUCAAUCAUAGAAGCAUAUAUUGACUUCCUAAAAAUCAUAAAAAGAUUUCAAAAAUUCUUAAAAUUCUCUCAUAUUAAUAAAAAAUCAUUUAUGAUUGUAAAACUUAGAGAAAAAUUCUAAAAAGUUCUCUAAAAUAGAAAAAAAUAUGAAAUAAUAAAUGUUAACUCUUUUAAUAUGAUAACAUGCUAGAUUAUAAGAUUUAAUUUCUUAAAUAAAAAAAUUCUUACACUUUUUGUCUAAUAAUCAACAUGUUAUUAAUAGCCACCUCAUAGAAACAUGUUUAUCAAUUCUUCAUCAAGCUUCAAUGCCAAAAUAAAUAUUGGGAUGAAGUUGUAUGCACUACCACUUAUUUAAUUAAUCAGAUGCCAAGACUAAUAUUAAUAAAUAAAUCCUCAUAUGAAGUUCUAUUUAUAAUGUCUCCUAAUUAUAAUAUUUUAAUUUUUUUUUGUUGUUUAUGUUAUUUAUACUUACAACCCUACACUCAACAUAAAUUCACAUCAUGAUCAGAUCAAUGUGCUCUACUUGGUUACAGUCCAUUACACAAUAGCUACUGAUGUUUAUCUAUGAAUUCAGGUAAAUUGUUCAUUUCAAGGCAUGUUAUUUUUAAUGAACAUAUUUUUCCUUUCUCUUCUUUAAAUAUUGAAAUUCUAAUAUAUCUUCUGAUAAAGGUAUUCUUAGAAAUUGUCCAAUUUCUUAUUCUUUUCCUACAACCUCCACAAGUCAAUCAACUAGUCUCACAAAAUUUGAUUCUCUCACUUACAAUUCUCCAUUCUCUAAGUUAAAUAUUUCUUCCCCAAUUAUUGAUCAUCAAAUAGUUGAAACACUAAAUUCAUUUUCAUUUCAUUCAAAUACACUCACUCAAAGCCCACAAUCCACUCCCCCAACCAAACAUAGGUCUCUUAAAGACAUAUACACAAAUUGCAAUCUUGACCUAAUUUUCCUUAAAACAGAACAAAAACCCCAUGUUAAUCUCACCACUCUUAGUACAAAAUAUCUACUAUCGAUAUGCUUGAAUAGUACCUUAUUUGACACCAUAGAACCAAUGAUUUUAACUCAGCGUCCAAAAACCCUCAAUGGAUACAAGCUAUGACUACUAAAUUUAAUGCACUUAUUAAAAAUAAUACAUGGACUCUAGUACCUAGAUCUCCCAACUUUUAUGUCAUAGGUUGUAAAUGGGUGUUUAAACUAAAGCAUAAGCCAGAUGGAACUAUUGAUAUACAUAAAGGUAGGCUAGUAGCAAAGGGGUCUAGCCAACAAGAAGGCUUUGAUUUUUCUGAAACUUUUAAUCUAGUUGUGAAAAUUACAUCAAUUCAUAUUUUAGUAUCUCUUACUAUCAAUCUUAAUUGGUCCAUUCAUCAACUUGAUGUUUUAAAUGCAUUUUUUCAUGGAGACAUCUCAGAACUUAUUUACAUGAAACAACUGAUGUGACUUAGUCAUUGUAUAUUAAAUCACGCAAAUAUAAAAUUUAUAAAACUAGAAAAUAUGAAUUUUUGGAUAUUUAGAAGUAUUUCUAAAUAAAUAUAUCAAUUAUAAUUUUAAUAAAAAAUUCAAAAGUAGUGAUAAUUUUCCAAGUCGAUCAUAGGAAUGUAAAUAAUAUAUGGUAAUUAUUUAGAAUUUUUCUCAAUGAAUAUGAUUAUAUAUAUAUAUUAUACUAGGAAAUAAAAAGGAAAUAUAUUUAAAAUUCAUAAAAAAGGGAAAUAAGGGUGCGGACGUCAAGAUGACGUCAGCGCUCGACGAGCGCAAAUCGAGUAGAAACAGAGUUCUACCCGGCGAUUCUUACGUUUACAGACGAUUUAAUUGAUCAAAUUAAGAUCUGUAAAAGUCGAAAGAAUCGUAACAGAACAAAGUAUAUUUUGGUAAAUUAAAAACAUAAAAAUUAUCACUAAAUGAAGUAUAAAGUAAAUUGAAAGUAGAAAAACAGAGUUCCAGCGUCGCGACGGCAAUGCGUUGGCGAUACACUGGAAUCCUGAGUAUUCGAGAGGAUCGUUGUGUAGUGUUCACAGGCUCAAAGGCUCUCCUUAGACAAAGACGAUGUGGGCAAUCUCUAGAUUUUCUCGCGAAUCCUCUCUGGCAGCUGUCACUUGGCGGAGCAGAAAAACGAUGACUUUGUGGCUCUCAAGCAGCUGUCACUCGAUAGAGAGGAGUUGGAUGGAGGUAGUGCGCGUGUCAGGGAGCUUCAUCCUCAGGUCCACGCAGCAAGAGGAGGCUCUUCAUCGCAUCUGGUACGCUCUCAGGAGGUGGCGACUCGUCUCUCAGCAGAUCAUCCUCUUCUCGGCGACGACUUAUUCGUCGAUCAAUCAGAGAUGAUUUACUUGAUGGAUUUGCAAUCUAUCACAAAUCAUUCAGCAAUUUUAGUAGCAAUGCUUUGCGAAUCGCAUUGAUGAGAUUUUCACCGAUGAUCCAGUGAUUCUCGUUGCUUAAUCCUUCAUCGGCGAUCUGCAGGAAAGUCGCGAUAAUUAGAUAAAAAUAUAUAAAUUUUGACUCUAGGAGGAUUCAAACUCAUGCCAGUCGCCUGCUUGUGAGGAAGGUGUGACCUAGGUUUAGUCCCACAUUAGUUGUGCGUCGAUUUUUUGGGCGAAUAUAUAGUAAUGUUAGCUUUGUAAGCAAAGUCCUUUCUCUCACGUGUACGACCACUCCUUGCCCCACAGCUGGUUGGCCACCGGUGACGUGAAAGGGGAGUGGCGUACACGUGCCCCUAUCAGUCCAAGCUAAGCCACUCGAGCCCUUGCUCGCAGCUACUCCCCGACUGCACUUCUGACUCACUUGCAGGCCCAGUUGGCCGGCGGGUUCCCCAUUUUGCAAUAUUUUUAUUUUUAUUUCUUGUUCUUCAUUUAUUUUAAAAGUAAACUGUAAAAAUCGUAUAAAAUCACAUAAUGACCCAAAAAAUUACGUUAAUCAAUUGAAAACCACAAAUCAUUUUUUAACAAAAAUAUAAGUCUAUUUAUCAUGAGUUAAGGCUAAAAUUAUAUUAUUUACUAAUUAUUAAAUCAUGAUAAUGAAGACUUAUCACACCCACCCCCCAACUUAAAUCAUUGCUAGUCUUUUAGUCAUGGAAUUAUGAAAAUAAAAUUUUACAAAUCUCAAACAUCAUAUUUCAAUACAGAAAAGAAAUAUAUAAUUAGAAAUGAUAUACCUUUAAACACUUUGAAUUCUUAUAUCAAGUAUUUAAGAAUGAUGACAAGCACUUAAAUGUUUAAACACUCCUUGGAAUAACAAUCUAGACUUCACUUCUUCUAUUCACAUCUUUAUCACUUCUUCACUCAUAGAUGUAUUUACAAGAUGUUUCAAUUAUCAAUACUCAUCCAAGAAUAAUAUUGAUCUUACAUUUCCCUUUUUCUAUGACUUGAUUUUUGAAGUUUGCACUAUAUUUCUUCCUUCUUUUUUUAUAUAUAUAUAGUUGAUAAGUAGCUUUUCCUGUAGACAAAUUUCGACAAUAAGAAUGAUGUCUCACAACUUCCAUGUGUACUCUUCAUUUUCAAGGCUUUCACUUUAUCCACUUAUUUUUCAGCAAGUGUUUUUCUAUACACGAUUUUCGACAAUGAGAAUGAUGUCUCACACCCUCCAUUGUGUACUCUUCAUUUCUAGAUUUUUCACAUUGCUCUCUCUUUUUUUUUUCAAAAUAAGUUGUUUCUCCUCACAAGUCCUAUAGAUCAAGGUGCAAAAAUCUCUAUUAAACUCAAAUGAUCAAUCAAAUUUUCACAUCAAGUAAAUACUAUCCAUCAAGAUCAUGAAGUGAAAAUCUAUAAAAUCAAAUCCAUGUUAUCUAUCAUGUAUCCAAGGAGUAUUUCAACAUUUCAUGCUACUAAAUUAUUCUUUUGACUCAAUAAUAAUCUUCCUAUUAUCUUUUGGUAUCAAUCAAUCUAAUUGAUUUAAUUUUUCAUGCAUGCAAUAUGAUGUAAAGAAUUUGUAAAUUAGAUAGUUCUGACAGUUCUGUUUUCUGUUUUCAGUUUUAUUUUUAGCAGCAAUAAAUUUGUCAAAAAUAAAUCAAAACUAUCCUCUUUAUAGCUGUAAUUUUGAAUUUCAGUAAUAUAUAUCUAGGGGAUUGAAAUGUGAGAAAAGGGUCUUCUAGAAUUUCAAAUUUUGGACUGUAUUUUGUCCGCUGUUUUUGAUAGUCUAUUGUUUCUGAUAGAAAACCAGAAAAUAGAUGUUGUAGUUUUUCUGAAUUUUAUGUUAUUUUUUUAUUUUUUAUUUUAGUUGCUGUUCUAAGUUGAAUAAAAUGCAAACACAUGUUCUUAAUUGUCCUACAGCAUAAAUUAAUAAUGAAUACUUCACCCCCCAACUUAAAAAUGACAUUGUCCUCAAUGACAUAGAAAAAUCGAAAUAGAAUAUACAGAAAAUAUAAUUUUCAAGUGAAGCAUGCAUAUCUGCAAAGUUAAGCAUUAAAAAUAUUUUCAUAAAUGAUGAAACUUAGAAAGACAUCACCUCAACCUCGUUUUUAAUUUUCCACUUCAUCUUAUACUCCUCCUCUUGCACUUUUUCAAAAAAAAACAAAUACAAAAACAAGUACUGUGAAAUUCUAAGGAAAACAAAAUUUUAAAAAAAUCAAACAGAAUAAAAUAAAAACCAUGGGUUGCCUUCCAUGCAGUGCUGAAUUUAAUGUCUUCAGCUAGACUCCUUGGUCUUACUCUUGAAUUUCUUUUAAUAAUAAAAUUUCUUUUUCUGCAAGGCGUUCAUGUUCUAUGUAAUGUUUAAGCUAUUAUCCAUUUACCUUAAAGUUAUGAUCACUUUUAGGAUCUUUAAUCAUUACAGCCCCAUGAUCAUAUGUCUCUUCCACCACAUAAGGCCCUUCCUAUUUUGAUUUUAAUUUUCGUGAGAAUAAUUUCAACCUAGAAUCAUAUAACCACACUUUUUCUCCAACAUCAAUUUUUUUUCUACUAAUGUAUUUAUCAUGAAAAGUUUUAGUUUUUUCUUUAUAUAUUUUAUGAUUUUCAUAAGCUUCAUUCCUCAACUCCUCUAGUUCAUGUAGCUGAAAAAUUCUAUGCCCACCAGCUGAUUUUUCAUCCAUACAUAAAUUUUUUAUAGCCCAUAAUGCUUUAUGCUCUAUUUCCACAGGAAGAUGACAUGGCUUUCCAAAAAUGAGAUGAAAUGGGGACAUACCUAUGGGAUUUUUAUAAGCUGUUCUAUAAGCCCAUAGUGCAUCUUGUAAUUUCGUGGGUCAAUCUUUCCUAUCUGGUCUAACUAUUUUUCUCAAAAUUCUCUGAAUUUCUCUAUUUGCUACUUCAACUUGCCCAUUUGUUUGGGGAUGAUAUGAAGUGGCUACUCUAUGGUGUACUCCAUUCUUUUUCAACAGUUCUUUGAAAUGUUUAUUUGUAAAAUGUGUUCCUCUAUCACUAAUAAUCACUUUAGGACAUCCAAAUCUUGAAAAAAUAUUUUCGUGCACAAAUUUCAUCAUGAUUUUAUGAUCAUUAGUUCUAGUAGGAAUAGCUUCCACCCACUUCGACACAUAAUCAACAGCAAGCAAAAUAUAUUCAUAUUUUUCAGCUGAUGAGAGGGGACCCAAGAAAUCUAUUCCCCAUACAUCAAAAAUUUCAACUACUAACAUGUUACUCAUGGACAUUUCAUCUUUUUUACUCAUGUUACCUAUAGAUUGGCAUGAAAUACAUGUUCUACUAAAUUCUAUAGAAUCUCUAAUGAUUGUAGGCCAAUAAAAACCAUACUAAAAAAAUUUUGCAGCUAUUUUUCGUCCAGAGAAAUGUCCUCCACAGUUAGAUGAAUGACACAUGUUAAUAAUGCUAUGAUAUUCUUCUUCAGGAACACAUCUCCUUAAAAUUUGAUCAUUGCCCAAGUAAUAUAAAUUAGGAUCAUGUGAAAAAUAAUUUCUAAUCUUAGAAAAAAAAUGAUUUUUUCUGUUCUUAUCCCACUAUUUUGGAGUUUUUCCAGAAACCAGAACAUUAACAAUAUAUGCAUACCAUAGUGAUGGUUGAUGUUGAGCUGCCAUUAAUUGUUCAUCUGGAAAUGUGUCUUGUAAAGGUGCUGCAUUUAUUCCUGUAUCACUUAAUCUAGAAAGAUGGUUAGCAACAACAUUCUCGAAACCUUUUUUAUCUUGUAUUUCUAAGUCAAAUUCUUGCAACAAUAAAAUUCAUCUUAAUAAACGUGGUUUUACAUCUUUCUUUUUUAAUAGAUAUUUUAAUGCUGCAUGAUCAGUAUAAAUAAUAAUUUUAGCUCCCAAAAUAUAUGAUUUAAACCUUUCUAAUGAAAAUACUACAGCUAACAACUCUUUUUCAAUCGUGGUAUAAUUUAAUUGAGCAUCAGAUAUAGUUUUACUAGCAUAUGAAAUUACUAUAGGUUUUGACUCUUUUGUUUGUCCUAGAACGGCCCCCACUGCAUAAUUCGAUGCAUCACAUAUUAUUUCAAAGGGAAGGGACUAAUCAGGAGCUUGUAAAAUGGGUGCCUCAAUAAGUAAUCUUUUUAUUUUAGAAAAAGACUCAAAAAAUUUCUCAUCAAAAUUAAAAGGCACAUCUUUAGAUAAUUAAUAACAUGGUGAGAGGUUUAGAAAUUUUCAAAAAAUCCUAAAUAAAUUUUCUAUAAUAACCUACAUGACCCAAGAAAGAUCUAAUCUAUUUUACUGAAUUUGGAGGUUUCAUUUUAGAUAUAAUAUCAAUUUUUGCUCUAUCCACCUCUAAACCCCUUUCACUCACAAUAUGACCCAACACAACUCCCUCUUUAACCACAAAAUAUGAUUUCUCCCAACUCAAAACUAAUUUUUUCUCUAUGCAUUUCUCAAGUACAUGUUGUAAAUGAUUUAAGCAUUCAUCAAAUGAUUCACCAAAAAUAGAAAAAUCGUCCAUAAAAAUUUCCAUGCAUUUUCCAAUCAUAUCAGAAAAAAUAGACAGCAUACAUCUUUGAAAUGUGGUUGGAGCAUUACACAGGCCAAAAGACAUGCGUUUAAAAGCAAAAGUACCAAAUGAAGAAGUGAAAGUUGUUUUUUCUUGAUCUAAAGGGUUUAUAUAAAUUUGAUUAUAACCAGAGUAUCCAUCCAAAAAAUAAAAAAAGUUUUUUUCCAACUAAUUUUUCUAGAAUUUGAUCAAUAAAUGGUAGAGGAAAAUGAUCUUUUCUAAUAACUGAAUUUAAUUUUCUAUAAUCAAUGCAAACUCUCCAACUAGUAGUUAGUCUUGUUUGUAUUUCAUCCCUAUUUUCAUUUUUUAUAACCGUGAUCUCUGAUUUUUUUGGCACUACUUGUGUAGAACUAACCUAUUUGCUAUCUGAAAUAGGAUAAAUAAUAUCAGCAGCCAGCUAUUUUAAAAUUUCUUUUUUUACAAUUUUUAUCAUGUUAAGAUUUAAUCUUCAUUGUGGUUCCCUACUAGUUCUAGCUCCUUCCUCUAGAUAUAUACUAUGCAUGCAUACACUCAUAUCAAUGCCCCUUAGAUCAUCUAUUGUCUAGCCCAUAGCCUUCUUAUUUUUUCGAAGUACAUCUAAUAAUUCUUCUUCUUGUUCAUCACUCAAAUCAGCUGCAAUAAUAACAAGAAAUUAAUUAUUUUCCUCCAAAAAUAUAUAUUUUAAACUAGAGGGAAGAGGUUUCAACUCUAAAUUUAGAUGAUCUUCCUCUUUCUUUUCUUCUAAAUUUAUAUUCUCUAUUUCCUCUAAUUCUUCCAGCACACAGACAUCAAUAACAUCUAGAUCAUCAAAAUCAUCUAGAAGACCUAUGGUAUGACAAUCAUAUAGUUGGGAUUUCUUAAGAUCAUUUGAUAUCUUAAAAAUUUUAAUUUCAAUUGAUUGAUCUCCACAUGAAAUUUUCAAAAUACCUGUGGGAAAAUCAAUAUUCAUCUUUACUGUAUGCAAAAAUGGUCUCCCUAGGAUGAUUGGUGUAUCAUAAAACUAUCCAUUAAAAUCUAUUUCCAUCACUACAAAAUUAGUUGGAAAUUUAGACCCUUUAACUGUUACUAUCACAUUUUCUAAAAUACCUUUAGUAUGUUUUAUGGAUCUAUCAGUAAAUUGUAAGGUAACAAUAGAAGGUUUAAGAUCAAAAAUAUUAAAUUUAUCACAAAUGCAUUCUGAAAAAUAGAUCCAUCAAUAUCACACGAAAUUAAAAGGGCACAUGUAUCUCUCAAUUUAUAUGGUAACUGAUUUAAUAAUAAUGCACUAGAAUGCAUAGAUAAUUUUUCUAUUCUAUGUGCCCUUUUUGGUGUAUACAUUUCUUUCAAAACUCUAGCAUAUUCAGAAAUAUGUUCAAUGGCAAUGAGUAAAGGAAAACUAACUUGCACAUCUUGUAAAAUUUUCUUUAUUUCUUUGUCUAGGCUCUAGAGCUUUAGGAAAUAGAAUGGUUGUCCUCUCUUUUGAAAUUUCCUUGGUAGAAUCUAUAAAAUCCUCUUCUACUCCUAUUUGAUUUUGUUUUGGGUUGUUCACAUUUUCUUUUUCUUCUAAUGUUUGGGGAUAAGGAUCAGAUAAGAUCUUACCACUCUUUAAUGCACUCACUAUCCUAACAUUUUCAUUUCGUGGGUUUUUUCUUAGAUUCAUGCUACUAGACUCCCUUUGCUGAAAUCCUAUUGUUGGGCGGUUCCUUGGAUUUUCUAUGGGCUGACUAGGUAGCUGUCCUUCUUCUCUCUUAUUCCCAAGAGCCUCUAUAAUUUGUUUCUGGUGAAGCAUCAUUUGAUUCAUAGUUUGUUGCAUCAUUUGGCUCAUUUGCUGCAUCAUUUCCAAAGCAUUAGGUUGGAUUUGAGAUGACUGAUUUUUCUAAAAUCUAUUUUCUUAUUUUGGACGAAAUUCAAAGUUUGAAUUGGGUCUAAGUGCUUCUAGAUUUUGAAUAUUAUUUGGGUCUCUCUAUGAAAAAUUAUUCCUCCAAUUAGGAUUAUAAGAAUUUGAAAAAGGCUCCCUAUUUCUAUUAAAAUCGUGAGCUACUUGCACUUGUUCUUGCAUAGGGUGAAAUGAUUGAUCUAAAAUAUAACAUUGAAAUUCAGAAUAAUCAUUUUCACUAUACAUAGGACAUGUACUAUUCGAAUUAAGUUGAGGGUUAAAAGACUUUCUAAUAUUGUUAAUAAGUAAAUUAAUUUUUUUUAAUCUUUGAUUAAUCUGAUUAACCUCAUUUCUAAGUUUAGAAUCAUCAUCAUGAUGUAAUUUAUAAAUUCCUCUCUUCUUAUCCCUGUCAUAUAAUUCAAAAGAAGCUUGAUCUCUAGAAUUUUUACUUAAAUUCUCAUAAAGACUGUAAAUCUCAUCAGGAGUUUUCUCUAUAAAAGCUCCUCCACAUAUAGAAUCAAUCAUAUUUCUAUGUUGUUCUAAUAAUCCAUCAUAAAAAAUUCUAUUGAGUUGCCACUUGGGUAUAGCAUGAUGAGGAUACUUUCUAAGUAAAUCUUUAAAUUUUUUCCAUGUCUCAUGCAAAGUUUCUCCUGGUCUUUGAGAAAAACUCUAUAUAUAUUUUCUCAUAUUUUGAGUUUUUCUUAAGGGAUAAAAUUUUUGAAGAAAAUCCUAUUCUAUAUCUUUCCAGCUAGUUAAUUCUCUAUCUAAUGUGGAUAGUCAAUUACUAGCUUUGUCCCAAAGUGUAUGAGGGAAUAAUUUCAUCUUAAAAAUUUCCAGUGUAACUUGAGGGAGAUUAACUAAAUCACAUAUCAUAUGAAAUUUUUACAAGAAAAUAUUAAAUAUUAUGCAAUACAUCCCUGACAAUGGCGCCAAAAUUUCACGUGACUUAGUCGUUGUAUAUUAAAUCACGUAAAUAUAAAAUUUAUAAAACUAGAAAAUACAAAUUGUUGGAUAUUUAGAAGUAUUUCUAAAUAAAUAUAUCAAUUAUAAUUCAAUAAAAAUUCCAAAAAAUAGCGGUAAUUUUCUAGGUCAAUCAUAGGAAUGUAAAUAAUAUCUGGUAAUUAUUCAGAAUUUUUCUUAAUGAAUACGAUUUUCUAUGAAUUUUAUACUAAGAAAUAAAAAGGAAAUAUAUUUAAAAUUCACGAAAAAGAGAAAUAAGGGCAUGGACGUCAAGAUGACGUCAGCACCCAGCGAGUGCGAAUCGAGCGGAAACAGAGUUCUGCCCGGCGAUUCUUACGUAAGCGAUUACAGAUGAUUUAAUUAAUCAAAUUCAGAUAUGUAAAAGUCGGAAGAAUCGUAAUAGAACAAAGUAUAUUUUGGUAAAUGACGUGACUCAGUCGUUGUACGUUAAAUCACGCAAAUAUAAAAUUUAUAAAACUAGAAAAUACGAAUUUUCGGAUAUUUAGAAGUAUUUCAAAAUAAAUAUAUCAAUUAUAAUUCAAUAAAAAUUCCAAAAAUAGCGGUAAUUUUCCAGGUCGAUCACAGGGAUGUAAUAUAAUAUCUGGUAAUUAUUCAGAAUUUUUCUCAAUGAGUAUGAUUUUCUUACGAAUUUUAUACUAGGAAAUAAAAAGGAAAUAUAUUUAAAAUUCACGGAAAAAAAGAAAUAAGGGUGCGGACGUCAAGAUGACGUCAGCGCCCGGCGAACGCCAAUCAGGCGAAAGCAGAGUUCCGCCCGGCGAUUCUUACGUAAGCGAUUAGAGACGAUUUAAUUAAUCAAAUUAAGAUCUGUAAAAGCCGGAAGAAUCAUAAUUUAACGAAGUAUAGUUUGGUAAAUUAAAAUCACACAAAGUAUCACUAAAUGAAGUGUAAAUUAAAUUGAAAGCAGGAAAACAGAGUUCCGGCGUCGCGACGGCGAUGCGUCGGCGAUGCACCGGAAUCCUGAGCGUUCGGGAGGAUCGUCGUGCAGUGUCCACAGCCUCGAAGGCUCUCCUUGGACAAAGACGACGUGGGCAAUCUCUAGAUCUUCUCACGAAGUCUAGAGACUAAUGAAGUGGGUCGUCGAAUCGUCUCUGGCGGCUGUCACCCGGCGGAGCGGAAAAAUGGCGACUUUGCGGCUCUCCAGCGACUGUCACCUGACGGAGAGGAGCUGGAUGGAGGUGGGGCGCGUGUUAGGGAGCUUAAUCCUCAGGUCCGCGCAGCAAGAGGAGGCUCUUCAUCGCAUCUGGUACGCUCUCAGGAGGUGGCGACUAGUUUCCUGGCGGAUCGUCCUCUUCCCGACGACGGCUUGUUCGUCGAUUAAUCGGAGAUGAUUUACUCAAUGGAUUCGCGAUCCUUUUAUCGCGAAUCGUUCAGCAAUUUUAGUAGCAAUGCUCCGCGAAUCGCGUUGACGAGAUUUUCGCCGAUGAUCCAGCGAUUCUCGUUGCUUAAUCCUUCACCGGCGAUCUGCAGGAAAGUUGCGAUAAUCAGAUAAAAAUAUAUGAAUUUUGACUCUGGGAGGAUUCGAACCCGUGCCGGUCGCCCCGCCUCUUCUGAGGAAGGUGUGGGUUUAGUCCCACAUCAGUUGUACACCGAGUUUGUUAGCUUUGUGAGCAAAGUCUCUUCUCUCGCGUGUACGACCACUCCUUGCCCCACAGUCGGCUGGCCACCGGUGACGUGGAAGGGGAGUGGCGUACGCGUGCCUGUCAGUUCCCAAGCCAAGCCGCUCGAGCCCCUGCUCGCGGCUUACUCCCCGACUGUGCUUCCGACCCGCUUGCGGGCUUGGCUGGCCGGCGGGUACCCCCAUUUUUGCAAUAUUUUAUUUUUAUUUCUAAUUCUUCGUUUAUCUCAAAAGUAAGACUGUAAAAAUCGUAUAAAAUCACAUAAUUACCCAAAAAUUCACGUUAAUCAAUUGAAAACCAAAAAUCAUUCUUUAACACAAAUAUAAGUCUAUUUAUCAUGAGUUAAGGCUAAAACUAUAUUAUUUACUAAUUAUUAACUCAUGAUAAUGAAGACUUAUCAGUAAAUUAAAAAGACAAAAAUUAUCACUAAAUGAAGCGUAAAGUAAAUUAAAAGUAGGAAAAUAGAGUUCCAACGUCCCGACGGCGAUGCAUCGACAAUGUACCGAAAUCCUAACUAUUCGGGAGGAUCGUUGUGUAGUGUCCACAGCCUCGAAGGCUCUCCUUGGACAAAGAUGAUGUAGGCAAUCUCUAGAUCUUCUCAUGAAUCGUCUCUGGCAGCUAUCACCCGACGGAGUAGAAAAACAAUGACUUUGCGGCUCUCCAACAGCUGUCACCCGACGGAGAGAAGUUGGAUGGAGGUGAGGCGCGUGUCAGGGAGCUUCAUCCUCAAGUCUGCACAGCAAGAGGAGGCUCUUCAUCGCAUCCGGUAUGCUCUCAGGAGGUGGCGACUCAUCUCUCGGUGGAUUGUCCUCUUCCCGACAAUGGCUUCUUCGUCGAUCAAUUGGAGAUGAUUUACUCAAUGGAUUCGUGAUCCUUUUAUUACUAAUUGUUCAGCAAUUUUAGUAGCAAUGCUUUGCGAAUCGCAUUGACGAAAUUUUCGCCGAUGAUCCAACAAUUCUCGUUGCUUAAUCUUUCACCAGUGAUCUGCAAGAAAGUCACGAUAAUCAAAUAAAAAUAUAUGAAUUUUGACUCUAAGAGGAUUCGAACCCGCGCCGGUUGCCCGCCUGUGAGGAAGGUGUGAUGCGGGUUUAGUCCCACAUUAGUUGUGUGCCGAUUUUUUGGGCAAAUAUAUAGUAAUGUUAGCUUUGUAAGCAAAGUCCCUUCUCUCGCGUGUAUGACCACUCCUUGCCCCAUAGCCAGCUGGCCACCAGUGACGUGGAAGGGGAGUGGCGUACACGUGCCCCUAUCGGUCCAAGCAAAGCCGCUCGAGCCCCUACUUGCAGCUACUCCCCGACUGUGCUUCCGACCCACUUGCAGGCCUGGCUAG